AUUGUUAGUUACUAGAUAUAUAGCUGCUAGAACUAACUCUAUUAUUAUAAGACCGUCUUUUCAUGUGUGAAAACGUUUUACUUUUUGUGCAGAUUAACGGUGAGACUUGUGUUGAUUUUUGAAGUGUUAACAAAACCAAUUAUAGUUUAUUGAAAUGCAUAUACUUUAUGUGAACGUUGUAAUUGCUUUAUUGUACAACUCUUCAAAAAAUAAAUUUGAAUAAAACAAAAUAACAUUGGAUUUAUUUGUAAAUAAAAAGUGCGUUUGUACUGAUCAUUGGCUUUCUGAUUAUGCAAUUAUAAUAAUUAAGUGUCAUUCGUGUAUCUUAACAGGCGAUUGAAGACGAAGCGCAUUUAAAAUUCUGGAAUCUCCGCAAAGGAAUCUUAUAUGGAAUACAUGUCUGAGAAAGUUGAGGUCAUUACUGGGGAAACUGACGUAGUGACAAUACACGAGGGAUUCGGGAAAUGAAGAGCGUUCUAUAAGGAGAUAAUAGCCAGUUUGACAAUGCUACAGUUAUAUCGGAGACACAUUAUUGUUUCUCGGAAACAGUGGUUUGCUACUUGAUUAGGUAGGGGAGAUUUACGAUGUGGAUAUAUACAGUUCUAUUGCAGCUAUAUUUUACCCUGUUGGAGUUAACUAAUUGCUUGCAGAUCCCGGAUGUAACAGAUUCCAUUCAAAAUAAGUGCUGUAAUGGUAUACUAGGAUAUGCUCGGCCAUUCGAAUACAUGCCCUGCAACGAGAUGAAAUGUUGCAAUGAUACGGAGACAGUGGCCUUACAAAAAGUAAACCAUGCUCUUGGAUUCUGCUUUAGAUGUGUGGCACAGACUACACCUGUCGGAUGUUACUCACUGGGACAGGAAGUUGCUAGUACGAACGACACUACUAUGGAUUAUAAAUUACGAACUUGCUGCAGUGGCUUAAAAUUUAAAGUGUUUACAUACUUAAAUGACGUAGCGAUGACUAUAAAAUGUGUACAUAGGUGACCAGAAUGUUGUGAUUUAGUUCUUUCUUAACAAUGUUCUUAAUAAUAAAGAGUCCUACAUGAUUUUUGAUAAGUAACGUGUAAUUAAACCAAACAAGAGAAAACAUGAUUCAUAAUAUACGUGAAAGAUUUCUUAAUUCUAUGGAAGUGAAAUUGUGAAAGUUAUUUUUUUUUCAGUUAAAAAAAUGAAUGGAUACAGUAUAUAUCUUUUGAAAUUAGGAUACGUGUUAAAACAAUUCUUAAGAAACCAAUUUGUCUCAAUUUGAAUUUGGACAUACUUAUUCAACGGAUAGAUCUCUUCAUAGGUACUCAAUCACAAAAGACGUAUCUGUUAUUUGUUUACUUGUUCAAAACUGUUGUGCAUAUUCCCCCAAAACGCCUUGUCCUAAUUGUUUCAUUCUAUCAUUGUUUCGUGUUAACAUAUAAUUGAUCACAUGGCUCUUGCAUCAAGAAGCAUACAUAUUGUAUAAGAGAAGUUGAGUUUCUGGUUAACCAAAGCAUCUCCUAGCCAAGCGGUAACGUUUAUACAUCAGUUUUGCAUUAUGCUAUCAGAUUUAUGUACAAGUUUUCUGAUAUAUAUAUAUUCAUAAUGCUAUAAAGACUAUCGAAACAAUAGGCUAUCUGAUUUGUACUUGUGGAUGUACAAAAAGUAACCGUCUGAAUAUUACUUUUCUAUCGAUAUCACUUUGAUUGUGUUCACAAUAAGAAAACCCACAGACAUUUUAGCCAAUCAACGAGCAUGUUCUAUUUCUUUCCACGACAGACAGUGCAGUAACUGGCAUGAGGGUAAUAAACACCUGCACUACGGUUAAUGCACUGUGCAUAUAUGUGUUUACGAUUUUACUUUACACAUUUUCAAUAAAAAGGCCUCUAAACAAAACUAUGGUACAACUCAUAGAAAUAUCAUGUAAUGAUUUGCUUUAUUGUAUGAAGAUAUCGGGCAUAUCAUAUGAACACAAUAGUAAUGUUAAAUAGUUAUAAAAAAAGAAAUUAUUUAAUAGGUAAAUCACUAUUAUAGUGGUCAUUCUGCAUUUAAUAAUAUUAAUGUUGUUUUCAGCUCGUGCCGUUUACAUUUAAAACUUGUUUCGAAAUAUCUUUUAAUAUAUAAGAAUAUCUGUAGACAAACUAAGCCAAGAUGUUCCAGCUUAAGUUAGUAAUGCAAAAUAAUUUAUAUUUUCUCAAUUCUAGAGUUCCAACAUGGCAAUACACAUCUUCCUAUACUAUGAACUUGCUGACAACGCAUAAAAUUUAUUUAAAAAUAUGACUUUUUCAACUUUAGAUUAACAUAGGCGGCUUAAUAUUCACUUGUUGACAAUGAAUACGUUUAAUUGCAUGACUAUUUCAACUUCAGAUUAACAUAGACAGGAUAAUAUUUACUAUACGUUUAAUACCAUGUAUACUUCAACCUCAGAUCCUAGUAAUAUCCUCAAGCUGACAACGCAUACGUUUAAUACCAUGUAUACUUCAACCUCAGAUUAAAAUAGACGGCUUAAUAUACGUUUGAUUGCAUGACUUUUUCAACCUAAUAUUAACACAGAUGGCUUAUUAUUCUCGUGCUGUUAUCAUAUACGUUUAAUAGCAUGACUAUUUCAGAUAAAAACAGGCGGCUUAGGAAUACGCUAAAGUGAAAUAAAAUGACUGUUUCACCUUCAUGUCAACAAUAAAAAAAACGCCUUAUAACUGAAUUUUAUUAUGAAGCUGUUUCAUCCUUACCACUUUUAAUAUAAUAUUUAAUAUAUUUAAUGAUUUAGGCUGAACAAUUCAUCAGUUUAGGGGCAAUAGUCGCAAGGGUAAAAUUGAUUGCCGUUAAAGGUUGAAAUAAACAAAAUUACUAAUCAAAUCGUCUGAUCGGAUAAAAUAUUCAUUCAUAUGCUUCAUUUUUUUAAUAAUAAUUCAAUUGCAUGAAAUAAUUUUUUAAAAGAUAUUGAUUUGAUAGAAUGAUGCUAAAAACAGAUAUGCAGAUAUUACAUGUAUUAAGCAGUGCUCGAAUUGGACGGGGUUUUAUAUGUCAUGUGUGUCUGUUGUACAAAUAUUUAUAUAAAAAUAUUUUCGACUUGAUUGUCUUUGAAGCAUAUGUUGUGAUUUGUGUUUAUCAAUUAUUCCUUAUCUGUUUUGUAAUAAUUAUUAUGUGUUUUUGAAAGGAUGGGUGUUUCUUAUAAAUUGAUAUCUGAUGUGUCCUUUAAUCAUGAUGACGAAAUUGAAAGUUGUAUGUUUGGUGUCCAGUACUUUCUAUGACUAUGACAAUGUUCUAAGUAAGAAUUUACUUUAACAUAUCAGUGUUUAUUAAACUGUCAUUAAAUACUUGCAUAUUAAAAUUUUA